UAUGUAUGUAUUUGUUAGUAUAGACAUAGUAAUGUGAUAUUAGUUUAGUUUAGCCGACCUCCACUAGACAGAAGGUCGUGGCAACACGGUAUAAUAAUCUUCAUAUGAUCUGUGUUUGAAUAUUAUAUUGCCGAAUGCGUACAUGCACUUUGACAAAAGUUUUCAAUGACGGUGACAAUGUUUUAACAUAUACCACUAUUAUUUGAAGUCUAAAACGUGAGCUGGUUUUGGAUCCAUUAAAAAGACAGGAAAGACUACUAGAUGUCGCUGCUCCAAGAUAUAGUCGUGUUCCUCUGCGGUUUCGUGGUGCCGUUGAGACUGGUCGCUGCUCAGGUGCCGCUCCCGGGAGGAUGUCCCAAGGUUCAGGUGGUGAACGACUUCCAAGCGCCCAGGUAUUUGGGGAAAUGGUAUGAGGCCGAGAAAUACUUCUUCGUGUUCGAGCUGGGCGGCAAGUGCGUCACCGCCACGUACACGGACCUCGGCAACGGAACUAUCGGCGUCUACAACUCCAAUUUUAACACUAUUACGAACUCACAGUCAGACAUACAAGGGACGGCUACUCUAGCUGAUCCCUCAGUGGCGAAGCUGGAGGUUCGAUUCCCGUCGGUGCCCGGCAACUUCGGAGCGCCCUACUGGGUCGUGGACACAGACUACACCGGCUACGCGCUCGUCUGGAGUUGCAAUGACUUCGGAUUCAUUCACACCGUAACUUCUUGGAUACUGACAAGGGAGCAGCAUCCUUCAGCCAAUGUCCUGAAUAAAGCGUAUGCAGCCGCAUCCAAAAACCAAAUAAAUAAAAAAUUCUUCAUGAAGACUGAUCAAAAUGACUGCCCUGUAAGAGGACCUCCAUAGAAGGAUCACAUUUAAGUCAGAAUAAUUGUCAGUGAUGUUAAUUAUGCAUUAUUAUGUGCCAAAACCGCAUCGGUAUUUUCUUAUUUUUUUAAUGAAACAAUUAGGAUAUAUUUCGAAUAGAUUCGAAAGCUUUUAACUAGACUCAGC